AUGAAUUCACAACAAGUAAAUACUAAAUUACAUAAAGUAAUAAUUUGCUAUCCUAACGACAAUCUAAAAUUAAUGAUUGAUGAAAAAAAAAUGAAAAUUUUCAAAAAAAUAAUCAAUAAACUUUUUAAUAAAAAAUCUAAUACUUUUAAUUCUGAUGAUUCUUGGGACCAAUCACCUUAUUCGACUAGUAAUAAAAAAAACUCUUGGUAUUCCUUAUUACUUGUCGAAGAAGAAAAUCAAUCAUUUGAAAUUGAAAUAUUUAAAAUAGUAUAUUCACAAAAAUAUAUUGUAUUUACAGAAUAUAAAAAAUUUAAAGAAUAUUUAAUUAAAGAACAAAUAAUUAGUAAUUCUUUAAAAAACUAUGAAAAUAUUAAAAAUAAAAGACUUCAAAAUAUACUAUCAUUUCUUGAAGCACAUAUCCGUAGUUAUUUUUAUAUCUUUAACAAAGGAUAUAAAUAUGCUUUAAUGAAUAAUACUCAAGAUUUAAAUACGUGGAGAGUAAAUGGAUAUCAAAAAGAUUUUGAAUUUUGGUUUAAUAUUAUCAAUAAUGAAUGUAAAAAAUUUGAAAUAAAAUAUUUAUUUAGUUAUGAUGAUUUGGAAAAAUACAAUAAUGAAUAUUUAGCGUUUUAA